UCUUUAAGAAUCGAAGAAUCAAACCGCGAGUGCUAAUAAAAAUGAAGUGCUUUGUUGUGAUGUCCAUGCUGGUUUUGGGCUGUGCCUUUGCCCAAAACUACGAUGAUGGUAAAUACCGUCCAGAGGUCCUGCACCAAAAAUACGACGAUGGUCAGUACCGUCCUAAUGGCGGAGGUGCCUAUCGUGGAAGCGGUGGCAAAGGAAGUGGAUCUGGAGGAUCAGGAUUCGGAUCCGGAUCAGGAUCUGGCUUUGGAGGUGGUUCAGGACUUGGCGGUGGUGCAGGAUUCGGAGGUGCAGGAUUCGGUGGAGCUGGUUUCGGAGGAGCUGGUGCUGGAGGAUUUGUCCAGAGUGCUCCAAUUGUUGCUGCUCCUGCUCCUGUCAUUCCUGCCCCUGCCCCAAUUGCUGUUGUCUCUGCCUCGGCUGGUGGAUUCGGAACCCGUGGAGGAAGCGGAUUCGGUUCAGGAAGCAGCAGCAGCGGAAACACCAUCGGAGUCAAGGAAGACACCCGUGACUUGAACGAAGAUGGAUACAACUACCGCAUCUUGACCGAUAACAACAUCGACUUCGCCGAAUCUGGCCGUAUUGAGAACCGUGGAAGCGACAACGAAGUGCUCCGUGCCAAGGGAUACUACGAAUUCGUUGCCGAUGAUGGUGUCAAGUACCGCGUCGACUACAUCGCCGACGAAAAUGGAUUCCAGCCCACCGGAACCCAUCUGCCAACACCUCCCCCAAUCCCAGAGGAAAUCCUCCGCUCCCUGCAGGUUCUGCGAGCCAACUAAAUGGGAAUCGCCUCUCAAAAAUAGUCAUUAAAAGUUAACACCCUUACCUGACUGUGUUCGUGAUUGUAAAAAUAUUCAGAUGAAAUGAACGAGAACUAUAAAUAAGA